UACGAGCUCCCAAAGGCCGGGAACCCACGGGAAGCUCGGCACCUGCGGUUCGGUGCAAUCGGCUCGCAACAGGGACUCGUAGGCACUGACGCUGGGCGCCCGGGAGCCGGGUAGCGGAAGCACCACGGCUGGGGUCCCGCAGACCGGCCCCGGGGCGGAGGGACCCGUGGGGAGGGCCCUCGCCUGUCAGUUAGAGGGCGAGGUGGUCAGGUUGGUCCUGGCCGAGCUCCGUGCUUUAACGGGCAGUGCGGCCCUUAAACUUUUUAUGAGACGACUCCCCGGCCACUGCCCUCGUUGAACUAAUUUUACAAGCCUGUUCCCUUUUAUUGGCCCAGCCUUUCCUAAAUGUGCACAGCGUGCUUCCUGUGUGCGGGCAUUAGACAGGUGGGUAGGGCCCUGGCCCUCAUGGAGGUUGCAUUUUAGCGAAGAACUAGACAAAAAGCAGAUAAAUACACAAAACGGGGAACUUAUCCAAGGGGACAUUUGAACAGAGGCCGGAAUGAAGGGGUGCGGGGCAGAAGGGAAGCAACUGCGCUUUGGCAGCGGGCACAGCAGAGCGAAGGUCCUGAGGGAGGAGCAAGCUCGGGAGUCGGAGUCUGUGUGGCUGGACACCUGCCCGUGAGCAGGGAGAGGAUGAGCGAGGAGCAGCCAGGGGUCAGAUCCAGGUCUCACCGCCCACCGUGAGACCUUCGGGUAUUUCGGCUCAGAGCUUCUCAAAAGUCAGCGAUAGACCAAGCUUUGGAGCCACCGGGCCUCUUUUUUCAGGGACAUUUUUAUUGUGAUAACCGUAGACUCACAUGCAGUUACGAGGAACAACACAGAGAUCCCGGUGCACUUGCCCAGUCCCCCCGUCGCUAACAUCUGCAGAAUACACCCUCACAGCCAGAACACUGGCGUGGGCACAGUCCCCAGGUCAGACUCAGGCUCCCCCAGCCUUUCUGGUACCUGCCAAGUGUGUGUUUAGUUCCAGAGCUUUGUCACAUGUACAGACUUUAUCCACCAACGGAGUCCAAGUACAGAGACCUUCCAUCAUGAAGAUCCCUCCCGUCACCCACCUCCCACACACGGUCACCUUUGCAGUUAUGGUGUCACCAGCAGGAUACCGACACUGGCGCACCCGCCAAGUGGAGAUCUUGCUGCUGCCUCUGCCCUUCGACACGGGCACCUUGCAUGGCAGCUGCUUUGAUGAGAACUGGUCCCCACCCAUCCCCAGCCUGGCCUCACAACAGCCUCCUGCUGGUCCUCCCGUUUUCUCACUCCCUGUCUGUCCACAGUGGCAUUUUGUCAGCAUUUGGGAACUUCCUGGCCCAGAUGAUUAAGAAGCGGAAAAAAGAAAACUGCUCUCAAAAGCUAGAUGUCGGUGGGCCCCUCAGAUAUGCCAUUUACGGGUUCUUCUUCACCGGGCCGCUGAGCCACUUCUUCUACCUCUUCAUGGAGCACUGGAUCCCCCCCGAGGCGCCCUGGGCAGGGCUCAAGAGGCUGCUCCUGGACCGCCUGCUCUUCGCGCCCGCCUUCCUGCUGCUGUUCUUCCUCGUCAUGAGCUUCCUGGAGGGCAGAGAUGCCGCCGCUGGCGCUGCCAAGGUGAGGAGCGCAUUCUGGCCGGCGCUGCAGAUGAACUGGCGCGUCUGGACCCCAGUGCAGUUCAUUAACGUCAACUAUGUCCCCAUACAGUUCCGGGUGCUUUUUGCUAACCUGGUGGCUCUGUUCUGGUAUGCCUACCUGGCCUCCCUGGGGAAGUGAGGAGGGUCCAGAGAGGCUGCACCAGCACGAGACAGAAACGGCCGGGGCGGAACGAAUCUGACUCCAGAUCAUGUGAUCAACAUGCCCUAAAAUGAUGGAGAAACAGCAACCUCUCAAAAAUACUAAGAAUGAUUUCACUUGUCACCUUAGACUGCAUUAGGAUCACAAUAAACUAUAAUGUACCUUUUUUAAGGGUAAUUUAAA